ACUGUCGCCGUUCUCCGGCGCCGAACAGACUGGGGCUCCUGUCCACAGAAAACACUAUUUGCAUGUGGUGUGUUUCCUUCAACUUACUGGAAAGUCUUUCUCUACACCUUGUGGAAAUCAUUGAAGUGAAUUUUUCACUCCUUUCCGUCUCUCUUAAUCACCUUGCUGAUGUCAAGCAAUAUGAUCAGCGGUGUAUACGGCGUGACCAUGCAGUGGAGCCCUGAGCAGUCGCAGUGGGCGGAGCAACACUAUGACAUCACCUCCACCACUCGUUCACCAGGGCAUAAGAUCGAAGCACUUAGGGAUCCAAGGCUAACAGGUUCGACCUCAGCUGCAGCGUAUCAACAUUCCUGGGCAAAUGAUGACAUUUCAGCUCUGACCGCUUCUAACCUGCUCAAAAGGUAUGCAGAGAGAUAUUCUGCCAUUCUGGACCUACCCUGUGAGAGUGGACUUAUGGGAUAUCCAGACGCAGCCAUCUCCGUUAGCGUUAGGGGACCUGGUGUGGUGAAUAACGGGCCACCACUUCUUAACGGACGGAAGGUGGAAGAGUCUUGGCUGGAGAGUGUCUACCCUCCGUUAGGUUGCGUGCCCGAAAUUCUUCCCAAAGCACCGCUCAGUGUGACGGACGUGUCUGUCAGUGCAUGUAACUCACCAGUUAUAGGCAGCGGGAGUCUUCCGGAACCUUGUUUCUCAAGCAGCAGUUGCAACAGUCAAUCUGGAAAUCAGGAAUACAGCAGCACUCCCUAUAGCACUACUUUCCUGCAGCCUGUUGGCACGUACGGUGGCUCUCUUUUCCACCCUACACCAUCCCAUGCCAGUCUGGUGUCAACCUACAAUGCUAACACGUCACCGAACCUAGCUGCAUACAGUUACCCUAACACCCGUUACCCCUCACAGGCCGUUCUUCCUGCUGGUUACAGUCCUCCACCUCCUCCCUCGGCGUACCUAACUCCUCCCAACCCUAUUCCAGCCGUGGGAUACUCAUACCCAGCCACCAGCCUGGGAGGUAGCGUCUCUGAAAGUGAUGCUCCAAGUGCUACCAGCCUUUCGAAGUCAUAUUACCCAUCAACUCAAAGCGAGAUGUUUGAGGAAUUUGAUUUUGGCGGCAACUCUAAUACAGACUCUAGGUCUGAAGGCAGCCCCUUAUACAGACCAUCAGGAGACGAAACGGUGGACAAGCCAAAUGGCUUCAGCCAAUCGGCAGAUGUAACGUCUUCGUCUUUCAAGCCAGCUAAUCACGGAGACUCUUUAAGAAGCUUGGAGACUCUCACAGUAGCCAUGAGUGGACGAAGCAAUGGUACAUCCGGACAACGCUUCCCAUCUACCUCAACUUCUGUUGUCAGUUCUCACCAACAUCUCUGCCUUGACGCAAACACACCCUGAGCGAUUGGGCUCAGAAGUGCUUGAGUUGAUGAAGUGUGAGUGCUCCCCCUAGUGGAUCGGAGGUAGAAAGGAGGGACUUGCUCAAAGCCAUAGAGUUGGGGUUCAAUGCAAGGGCCUCAAGUGCAAUUCUGCCCAGGAGGUCUCUUGUGCUGUUCGUCUCUACAGGACAGGAGGAGAUUAGUUUCUCCAUUCUGGAAAGAGGACAAUGAUGUUUAUGCCCCUCCUAGCCGAGCCUAACAGGUCAUUGCGAGACACUGACCUCCUCACUCUGAUGGAACGGACAGACAUCCUCCAUGAUGGACACAUAUAUCUAGAGGGAUGGAAAGAGUUUGCUCCUCCAUUCCGAGAGAUAGGAAAGUACAUCAAGGGAAUUUAUAUGUCUCACGGAUGUGUUCUGGCUGCCAUGGAGACAAGGAGUCACAGAUGUGGUGGUUGGACACUAGCUAUGGUUGACCAUAUUGCCAUGGUGUACAUUCGGUGUGUGUGUGUUUGUGGCCUUGUAAUGGUUAUUUAUGUGGUGAGCUUUAAUUGUAAAUCCUGUUUCUCCUUUUUACACAGGGGAACUGACAAUUCCUGGUUGUUUAAAGAAUCCAUGUGUGAGAGUGUGAGAGAGAGAUAGAUAAAACCUCAGGAAAGUGUCUGUCAGUUAAAUAUGCCUCUGUGUGUAACAAAGAAGAAGAGGGCGUUUUCACGUACCGUCCUUAGGAAAAACCCAAUUCAACUAAGUUGAACCAGGUGGUCUGGAGCAAAAUGUUUGUCUGAUGAUAAGUUUGUAUGCACUUUCACUGCAUUUUAAAGAGAACCCUGGGUAUUAAGAUUUGUAUGGCCUAAUAUAACGUAAAUCAUGUGUCAUGCUAAAAUAUGUAGUAGAAAACCCAUAAAAAAAGAUUUACGUUAUUUAAAAAAAUACACAUUGUUUAAUACAUAUUUUGGACUAUGGUUGGGGGUGCCAUUGUUUUGUUGUGAAAUGGUUAAGACUUUAGCAAUUGCUAUUUUUACCAGAACUCGAAAAAUAAAAUACUGAUACGAUGCAACAUUGUGCAGUUUUUGGCUGUAAUUUUCAGUCGAAGGGCAACAAGAGAAGCGAUAUAAGUCUUCACUGUUUUCCUACUGAUAAGAAGAGGAUAAAAGAAUGGGAAGAUGCCUGUGGAUGAAUAAAACGUCCUUAAGACCUGCGUCUUUGUUCUCUUCAUUUUAGCCCUGAUGCCUUUGAGGCUUUUAGUAGACCACAGCUACUGAAAGAGCUUACAAAUGGCAGAGACAAGAAACGCUAGAUGCCAUCCUGGCAGGAUGUAAACAUGCCGAAGCUUAUCAUGACACUCCAGCCAGUGCAUAUUUCACUCAAUAUCCGGGGCCUUUUAGACUCCUUGUGGGGAAAAUCGAUGGUACGGCAUUUGGUUAAGCCUAUGCUUAUAUCAGUCGCCAACUGUAGACUCUUUCUGAAGCUGUGGUCAUCAUAUCAGUAUUUUAUUUUCUGAGUUAUGUACUGGUAAAAAUAGCAAUAGGUAGAGCCAGUAGCUCACUGAGUACAACUAUUUCAUGUCAGCGAAAUCAUAGUAAAUAUACGUAGAUGCCUCAUUAGCGACUGUUUCUAUGGGCCGCUAUACGUAAGUCGUCGGCUAUAUUGUAAUGGUCAAAUUGGCGUCAUUCACCAUAGUAAAUGACAUAUUUCAAUGAACAUUUGAAGAUGCCACAAUCCUGCACAGCCGAUGGUCUGCGAACCCAUAGUAUGGUAAAUGAUGUCAGUUUGACCGUUACAAGAUGGUGGACAUGCCUACAUGCUUGGAGCGGUCAAAUGGGGCAUCUAUGAACGAAAUAAUGGCGCCCCUAUAGUCCAAAAUAUGUAAUGUAAUAAUAUUUUUUUAAUAAUGUAAAUAUUUCAUGGGUUUUCUACAACAUAUUUCAGUUAGAGACAUCAUUUAUGCUAUCUUAAUAUCUUAAUAAGUCUUAAUAACCAGGGUUCCCAGGGUUGCUAGACAUCUUCGUAGAGCUAAGUUACAAGAUCAUUCUAUGAAACAUUAUGCAAAAAUGUUUUGCAGUUCUUUAGGCUCUUAAAGCUGCUGUGUGUAAUUUUUUCUAUGAGAAAUUACAUUCUCAUUUCAUAGGUUAAUAUGCAGAGAAAACUGUCAGGCGUUUGCAUGUUGACUUCCCAAAAAGUGAAACACUGCACUUUGUUUGAGCGGCCCAACCUACCAACACUGGUUUAACAAUUGAGUUCCUUUUUUGUUCAACCAAUGUCAAGUGGCAGGGAAUGUUUAAACUGAACCAAAAACAAAAUUACAAACCGCAGCUUUAAAAUAUGCUGUUCGAUUUAUGUUUAGUAAAUAACAGUAAUUAUCAGUCAUAGUGCUGUUCUGUCUAUUCCACCAGUUUCUGCUGUUGUCUCAAAAAAUGUCGUAGACUUUCUUGAAAUAUAAUAAGCAUAUUGAGUGAAACAUUACUGCAGACAUAAAAACAAAUGGAAUUCAGACUAUUCCGGCUACUUCCUGAGACGGUCUUGGCCUGCUUGGCCACCAAAAAUAAAACAUUGCCUUAAGGACCAAGUGUGAAAAUGCUGAGCGAGAAGGAGAGCACAUGACUUUGCAUGUUUGUCUUCAUUGACCGUUUUAUGCAUUUUUAAAAAUAGUGUUGAGUUUACUUUAUCCCAAGCACUGGAAAUAGGUUUGGCUGACCUCACUACAAAUCUUUCUGUUUACUUUCUUUCCCUUCUUUGUGAACCCUGCCAAAGGGAAUUAAGAUAUUAUGCUUAUUUAUGAAAGUCAAUCACCAAAGCAGCAGUGUGCGAGCCAAAUCACAAGGAAAUGUUCAGCCAAAAGUACUCCCUCUGUGUGAAUAAAUUUUUGUCAGUUUUAUUUUGAUUUAGGAGGGUGAAUUGGCUUCAUUCCAAGAGACAAAUGAAAGAAAUUCCUUGGAAAAGCUGCUUAAAGAUCCAUCAGGUCAAAACUGAAUUGUGAUUUGAACCAAAUCGGCCGAACUAAAUGAAACAGACCUCAAUAAAGUUGAUGAAUCUCACUCUGCAAUAGGGUACAUCACUGCAUUGUUUCUGUGGUAUUACUGUGUUAUCACAUGCUCAGCUCGCAAACUUUAAAACUAAAAUGUGAGUUAUUUAAGUUAUUGUAUAGUUUUCGAAUAAUUGGACCAUACACCAGUACAGUUUUCCUUACACAGCUACAUACAUUUAUCAUUGUCUAGAUGAAAGCACAGACAUUUUUUUAAGUUUUUUUUUUUUUUUCAGCUUUUUGCCAAAAGUGCCAUUUAUAUUUCUUUAUUUUUAAAGAGAAUUUUUUUCUUCCACAUCAUGUUUUUAUACUGCUUUCACUUGAAGGGUUUGUAUGCUUUCCUGUUUCAUUCUGUCUGCAAAUUUUCUGUUUUUGUCUUGAUCAUUUUGAAAAUUAGGAGUUGUUAAAUGAUCAAUAUCACAUCAGCUCCUGAUCUAACCAUCUGUCGUUUUAUCAAAAGAGUUGUUUGGUCUUAAAACUUUAGAAGUAAGGCACUAAGAGGCUUGAGUUCCUUUUUUGUUCACAUAGUUUCACUAGAUAGCUCUAAAUUCAAUAGUCUGUAGCAUUCUAUGCAAAACUCUGUUCCUAAACCUAGUGAGCACACUCUGUUCCAAAUAGUAAUCAGCAACAUUGUGCAUUAAAAUUACAUUUUAAAAUGGACUGCUUCACUUAAUAUUUUGUGCUAUGUAUUUUUUGAGCUUAUCAGUGUAUGCUUUUUACUUGGCAACUUGUUAACAUCAGUUGGAACCAACUGUGUUAGCUUGUAUGGCAUAUUUGUAUGGCAUAUGUGACUUUUCACUGAAGAGUGUUCUAAAUAAGCAAUUUGAGGUUCCGUAACUAUUAGGAUGUUGCCUAUGUAGACAGCCAGGCUGUUCACUAGGUUUUGGAAUGGAGAAACUGACCUCCUUCGGCUACUUUCCUACAAAAGAUUCAACUAUAUUUAGCAAACUGUUGUAAGGAUCCUUCUAAGAUGUACUUAAACUAGUGGUUUUCAAUCCUGGUCCUGGAGACCCACUGUUCUUCACUUUUUGUGUGACUCCCUUAUUUAACACACCUGAUUCAGAUCAUCAGCUCAUUAGGAAAGAGAUACAUGUACUGAACUGAGUCUGUCAGAUAAGCGAGACAUACAAAAUGUGCAGAACAGUGAGUCCCUAGGACCAGGAUUGAAAACCACUGACCUAAACCCCUCUUAUUCUCUAUAUUUUUUGUCUCAACAAUAGAGAAAGAGUGUGUCUAAAAGAAUGUACUGUACAAAGUGAUGUAACCAAACUAAAGUAAUUUGUAAUACUCCUUGCAGACAUCAGAGGUGAGAACAGGUGCCAUGGAAUGAGAGAUCUUGAAAAUAGUACAUCAUAAGCAUAUCAUGUCAAGUUUAUUACCACUUUCACAGCCAUAAACAAAAAAAACCCUGGCCAGGAACCUCUGAAAUCCUGUAGUGUUUGCAGUAAUGGUGCACUAAAGUCUCUAAAGUUGUUUUGUUGUACACCAAGACUUUGGACAGCUGUGUUUGGUAUUUCUGAGUGCUGGAAUUGGUGUUAAAGGUGCAUUACAACCGCACAUGAUGUUUCACUGUGUAAACACCAAAUUUGUGAUUGGUGACUCCUUUCUGCAUUUCAAAAUAUGACAUUUUACAGCGUAUGUUCACAAUAUAUAAAAAACAGUUGCAUUUAGAAUUGAGUUGUGAGUUAUUGCAGUCAAAAAGAGAGAGUGUGUGUUGCCAUAUUCUCAAUCGACUCUAUUGUGUUUGUUUUCAUGACUUUUGGAGUAUUGUAAACAAUUUGCUAAUUAAAUAUGUUUAUCUUAAGGCCUUGUUUGCUGUGUUCAAUAGACGUGAAACACUAUAUUCGAGUUUUACUUUUUGGAUAAACCCAGAAAUCUACUAAAUCUGACAAAACAGCUUUUUUAGGAUGCAAUAAUAGAUUUCUUUUAGAA